AUGGAGGGGUUCUGCUCCGCGCCUUCAGUAUUUGAUGCGGGAGAAGAAUCGAAGCCUCUCUACUGGAAAGUUACAAAUCCCACUAUGUCUACUUCUCAUCUCCAAGGUCAGUAUUUUUCAGAACUAGGAAAUAUAAAGAUUUCAUGGUUAUGGAUUCUUAGGGAGCGUUGGUUUGAGUUUGUCAAUUCCUCAAUGACACUCGCAGAAUUGGGUUCUGUGACUCUUACUAAUACAUCUAGUGCUGGUCACAAACUAACGGUAAGAGUGUCUGGUAUACAUUCAUUAACUGCAUAUGAACGCAAACUGGCAACAUUUGUGGAUUCAUAUGCUUAUCUCCCUCCCAAUUUCGAACAUUCUGUGAAGUGCGAUGUAUCUCCUACUCUUGUUGUCUUUGAAAAAAGGUAUGCUUCUCUAGACAAUCUAAUUACUAAACAGAUUCUGGGUUCAACAGACAAGCAGCUACUUCUUGAGACUCCAGUGGAGCAAUUAAGGAUAUAA